AUGGUGAGGACCACUCUGAUGGCGAGGAACACUGACAUGCGCUGGCGCCUGCCUCUGGUUUGCCUCCUUUGGGAGGUGGCCAUGGUCAUCCUUUUCGGCAUCUUUGUGCGCUUUAACCCUGAAGCUGAUGUGGCCGGGUGGGAGAAGGAGAAGCACGAAAAGAACAUCACAAGUGAUGCUGAGAAUGACUUCUACUUUCGAUACCCAUCAUUCCAAGAUGUCCAUGUGAUGAUUUUUGUGGGCUUUGGUUUCCUCAUGACAUUUCUCCAACGUUAUGGCUUUGGAGCUGUCGGGUUCAACUUCCUUCUGGCUGCCUUUGGGAUCCAGUGGGCUCUCCUGAUGCAGGGCUGGCUGCAUACCUUUCAGCAUGGAAAGAUACUCAUUGGAGUGGAAAGCCUGAUCGAUGCGGAUUUCUGCGUGGGGUCAGUUUGCAUUGCCUUUGGUGCCCUCUUGGGUAAAGUCAGCCCUGUGCAAGUGCUCGUCAUGACCUUGUUCCAAGUGACCCUCUUCUCGGUGAACGAGUACAUCCUGCUGGAUCUGCUGCACAUCAAAGAUGCUGGUGGAUCCAUGUCUAUCCAUACAUUUGGUGCUUACUUUGGGCUCACAGUUACUGCCAUUUUGUACCGGCCCAACCUGGAACAGACCAAAGAGAAGCAGGAAUCUGUCUACCACUCGGACCUCUUUGCUAUGAUUGGCACAUUAUUUUUAUGGAUGUACUGGCCCAGCUUCAAUUCAGCCAUUUCCAGUCAUGGGGACGGCCAGCACCGAGCUGCCAUCAAUACCUACUGCUCCCUGGCUGCCUGCGUCCUCACCUCAGUGGCCUCCUCCAGCCUCUUGCAAAAGAAAGGCAAGCUGAAUAUGGUCCACAUCCAGAAUGCCACCCUGGCUGGGGGUGUGGCAGUAGGCACAUCUGCGGACAUGAUGCUGACCCCAUAUGGCUCUCUCAUUGUUGGCUUUAUCUGUGGCAUCGUGUCAACCUUUGGGUUCGUCUACCUCACACCUUUCCUAGAGUCCAGGCUCCACAUCCAAGACACGUGUGGCAUCCACAACCUCCAUGGCAUGCCAGGGAUCAUCGGGGGCAUCGUGGGGGCUGUCACCGCUGCUGCUGCCACCGAGGGGGUCUACGGAAAGGAGGGGCUCAUCCGUGCUUUUGAUUUUGUGGGCGACUACAGUGCUCGGACGCCGAGCGUUCAAGGUGGCUUCCAGGCAGCUGGCAUUGCUGUGUCACUGGGCAUGGCCUUGGCAGGAGGAGCCCUUGUCGGUGGCAUUUUGAAAUUGCCCUUCUUUGGUGAUCCUACAGAUGAAAACUGCUUUGAGGACAAUGUUUAUUGGGAGGUGCCUGGUGAUGAGGAGAGCAACUUAUACUGCCUCCAUGACUCCAACAAGAAGCCUGCAGCAGAGCCAUAA